GCCCCGCCGGCGCCCACCGCGUACCUGAGGAGAUGAGGCUCCGCAAUGGCGCCUUCCUGACGCUGCUGCUCUUCUGCCUGUGCGCCUUCUUCUCGCUCUCCUGGUACGCGGCGCUCAGCGGCCAGAAAGGUGAUGUGGUGGACGUCUACCAGCGGGAGUUCCUGGCCCUGCGUGACCGCUUGCAUGCAGCCGAGCAGGAGAGCCUCAAGCGCUCCAAGGAGCUCAACCUGGUGCUGGAUGAGAUCAAGAGGGCCAUGUCCGAGAGACAGGCACUGCGAGAUGGAGACAGCAAUCGCACCUGGGGCCGCCUAACUGAGGAUCCACGCCUGAAGCCGUGGAACGGCUCGCACAAGCACGUGCUGCACCUGCCCACUGUCUUCCACCACCUGCCACACCUGCUGGCCAAGGAAAGCAGCCUGCAGCCGGCCGUGCGCGUGGGCCAGGGCCGCACCGGAGUGUCGGUGGUGAUGGGCAUCCCCAGCGUGCGGCGCGAGGUGCACUCCUACCUGACGGACACGCUGCACUCACUCAUCUCGGAGCUGAGCCCACAGGAGAAGGAGGACUCGGUCAUCGUGGUGCUGAUUGCUGAGACUGACCCGCAGUAUACCUCGCUGGUGACGGAGAAUAUCAAGGCCUUGUUCCCUACGGAGAUCCAUUCUGGGCUCCUGGAAGUCAUCUCCCCUUCUCCCCACUUCUACCCUGACUUCUCCCGCCUCCGAGAGUCCUUUGGGGACCCCAAGGAGAGAGUCAGGUGGAGGACCAAACAGAACCUUGAUUACUGCUUCCUCAUGAUGUAUGCACAGUCCAAAGGCAUCUACUACGUGCAGCUGGAAGAUGACAUCAUAGCCAAGCCCAACUACCUGAGCACCAUGAAGAACUUUGCACUCCAACAGCCCUCGGAAGACUGGAUGAUCCUGGAGUUCUCUCAGCUGGGCUUCAUUGGGAAGAUGUUCAAGUCGCUGGACCUGAGCGUCAUUGUGGAGUUCAUCCUUAUGUUCUACCGCGACAAGCCCAUUGACUGGCUCCUGGACCACAUUCUGUGGGUGAAGGUCUGCAACCCUGAGAAGGAUGCGAAGCAUUGUGACCGGCAGAAGGCCAACCUGCGGAUCCGCUUCAAGCCGUCCCUCUUCCAGCAUGUGGGUACUCACUCCUCACUGGCGGGCAAGAUCCAGAAACUGAAGGACAAGGACUUUGGGAAGCACGCGCUGCGCAUGGAGCACGUGAACCCGCCGGCAGAAGUGAGCACGAGCCUCAAGACGUACCAGCACUUCACCCUGGAGAAGGCCUACUUACACGAGGAUUUCUUCUGGGCCUUCACGCCCUCUGCGGGGGACUUCAUCCGCUUCCGCUUCUUCCAGCCGCUGCGACUGGAGCGGUUCUUCUUCCGUAGUGGCAACAUCGAGCACCCAGAGGACAAGCUGUUCAACACGUCUGUGGAGGUGUUGCCCUUUGAUAACCCCCAGUCAGACAAGGAGGCCCUGCAAGAGGGCCAUGCGGUCACUCUGCAGUACCCCCGGAGCCCUGACGGCUACCUCCAGAUAGGCUCCUUCUACAAGGGCGUGGCACAGGGUGAAGUGGAUCCUGCUUUCGGCCCCCUGGAAGCACUGCGCCUCUCCAUCCAGACAGACUCACCUGUGUGGGUCAUUCUGAGCGAGAUUUUCCUGAAAAAGGCUGACUAAGCUGAGACUUAUGAAGGUGAAUUUCAGCUGGUCCUGAAGCCCAGGAGACCUGAGAUGUCGCCGCUGCCCCAGUCUGCGGGGUUCUGCCUGGGACCGUGCUCCGCCGGCCUGGGGUGGCCGCUGGCCCGGAGGCCCCAGGAACUGGUGCUGCCCCGCCCGCCGGCCGCGGGGAAGAGGCAGGCGGCGCCUACACUGUGCCUGAGGCCGGCCGCGCCGCCCAGAGCCGCUCCCUCCUGGCCCCCAUGGGCCAGGCCGUUUUAGAAGAGCUUUCUCCUGGGCACCACUGUCUCUGGCGCGAACACUGGAAUGCAUAUACUACUUUAUGUGCUGUGUUUUUUAUUCUUGGAUACAUUUGAUUUUUUCACGUUAAGUCCACAUAUACUUCUAUAAGAGCGUUCCUUGUAAUAAAGGGUUAAUGACGUGUUCGCCUCUAA